AUGGCGGAUAAGGCGACCUUUCAGGUCAUUGUCUUGGGCCCUACAGGAGGACCUCGCGAAGACAGCGUGACAGGACUGCUAGUAAGAUCAACAGCGACACAAUGGUCAUCAAACUCAAUGGUCGCAGUCGAUGCAGGGACCCUUCUCGCCGGUAUUAUUCGAACCCUUGAGCAGUAUGAGAUGGAAACCAAGGAUGGCAAACGAUACAUGAAAGACGGUCCGUUUGUCGGAUUUAAUUUACCGUACAACUCGCCCCAAGCAAACGCAGCGCACAUCUUUCGAGAAAUCAUCGGCACUAUCCUUGUCACACAUGCGCAUUUAGAUCAUUUGUCCGGGUUGGCGAUCAAUACGCCGAUUAUUGAAGCCGGAGCCGGGCCUAAAGCAGUGGCUGCCUUGCCGUCGGUAGUUGCUGCCAUCAAGAACCACAUGUUCAACGACGUGAUCUGGCCGAAUCUGUCCGAUGAAGAUGGCGGAGCGGGUUUGCUGACGUAUCAGCGCUUGGUUGAAGGAGGGAAUCCAAGAUUUGGCCGCGGAGAUGCAAGAGGUUAUGUUCGUGCAGCUGAUGGUUUGUUGACAAGGUGUCUCAGUAUCAGCCAUGGUCGUUGUAAGAAGCGAUACAAUUCCGAGUCCGAGUCGCAUCAUCGCGUGGGCAGUGCGGUGUUCGCGGCAGAUCCAUUGAUGAUACCUUCUAGAGGCAUAUCAGUUGAUCAUACAGAUGGGUUCUACUCUCCAGCCCGUUCACCCCGUCUCUUCGGAAAAGAUCCAACCUGGGCCACAGUUGAAAGCUCCGCCUUCUUCAUCCGAGACCAAUUCACCGGCAGCGAAAUCAUUGUCUUCGGCGACAUCGAACCAGACUCCAUCUCCAUGGAUCCCCGCAACAGACGCGUCUGGGAAGUCGCAGCCCCCAAAAUGGCCACAGGCAACCUACGCGCAAUUUUCAUUGAAUGCUCCUACGACGACUCCGUCGAAGACUGCGCCCUCUACGGCCACCUCUGCCCACGCCAUCUCGUCGCAGAACUAAAAGUUCUCGCCACAAAAGUAACAGAAAUCCGCCACCCAAGCACAUCCACAAAACGCAAACGCACAGCCAGCAGCCCAGGUGGCGUAAGCCCACGAUCCAAACGCGCGCAGAGCCUUGCCCCCGGAAAAGCACAAGGUCGCAGAUCGGAGCCGUACCCGUACUUCCCCGGCCGUCAGACGAGAGUUGACUCGGGCGAGGUCUGGGGCGAAAUGCCGGAUCUCGUGCCCAUCCCUGAAUCAAACGGACAGCCAGCAUCGCCGAACUUCAAUGCGUCCUCACUCGAUGGCAUCGAUGGGAAUCCUACAAGUGAACCGAUGCAGGUCCAGUUCUCAAUUGACAACAAUCCGCCAGAUGAUGAGAAUCUGCCCUGGGCUGGGUUGAAUCCUCCACUAGCGGGUCUAUUUGUGUAUAUCAUCCAUAUUAAAGAAGACUUGACGGAUGGGCCACCUCCUGGGGAUCGCAUUCUGCAGGAACUAAGGGAUCGAGGAGAGGCCGCGCAGUUAGGGUGUGAGUUUCAUAUCACGAAACGGGGGGAGGGGAUAUGGAUUUGA